AGCUAUUCAGGUUUAAAUAAAAGUUCCUAUUAACAUCCUGUAGUCGGCGAGAGGAAUCUUAUACACCUUCUUCUUCAAGGUUCUUACCUUCCAUGGCGGCUUGGCUUCUUACUCUAUGGCUUUCCAUGCUGAUGGCCGUACUCGCAGGACUGAUCAUAAUCUCAGCGUCGAUAUCAUCGACAACUCAGACUACAACGCUCUUGAACAGUGCUUCUUCGCCAUCAAGGGCCAAGCGAAGUUGACCCCCAAAGUCAGUCCAAAGGAUGGCUCCCAGCACAUCCUCGUCAACCCCUCUCGAGUGAUCACCGCCGUCAAUUGCACCGGCAGUUGUGUUCCUACGUACGGCGAGUGCUAUGAUACACGCGGGCAGCCUGUAGGACCCUGCUGCAACGGCUUGUGCAUGGCCAAUCGUUGUCGACCGUGGAAUUCGACUCUGUCCUAGACUAUUAGUCUACUGGAGAGGUAUUCGGCGAGUUCUUGGGAGAAGACGGGCAUUACGAUGAGGAAACGAUGACCGUUUCGGUUAUUCUUCUGUUAAGAGCUUUGAGUCGGUGCUUCGGUUAUGGACUACCUUUAAAGCAUGGUUGAGUUGAAUUGACCAGACUGAGAAUGAUUGUGUAACAUAGCUGUGCUGUCACUGACCACUUCGUAUCACAUCAAGCAUCAGAUCUUAGUUUCGAACACGAUUGAAGCAUAAAGUAAAUCUCAGUUCUUUAAAUUCAGAAAGGUAUC